CUGCGCGCAACACAGCAUCGCCGCACGCGCUCCUACAUGCACUGUACACUGUCUUGCAAAAUAAAUUGUAAAAAAAAUAAUAAUAUUAUAACAUCAAAAAGAUCGCAAUUACAGAGUAAAUUUCUUUAUAAUUUUAUCUACCCUAAAUAAAUUUACUCGCGUGUUUUAAAUAACAUGAACAAAAUAAAAUAAAUGCAACGAACAGUGAACGAUAAUCAAAAUGACGCUGCGGGUCGAAGUGCCCGGCGAAAAAGUUGUUAGUGUCGAACCCUGCAAGUGCAAUAAACAAUACAGUAAAGAAAUCAACACCGAAAAUAAACUAUCGCGCGAUUUAAAGGAAUCUCUAAAGAAAAUAUGGCGGUUGCGAACGAAAAUCACCGUCGAACCGUUUGUGAUAUGUUACGUAUUACCGAGUGUGCUAGCCGGGCUGGCGGUUCAAAAUAUGUGCCUCGAAAAAUCGUGCCUAGUGAACCUGCAGUACGACGAGGAAACUUGCAGGCAUAUAAUGCAAGGACGCACUCAGAACUACACAGAACAAGAAAAAAAAGUUCAAAGAAUGGUCACUACGAUGAGUAGUUGGAGUUCACCCCUGCAAACGGCACCGCCAGGCAUCCUAGCCCUAUUUAUAGGGGCCUGGAGCGACCGCACAGGCAACAGAAAGGCCUUCAUGAUCGUGCCUAUUCUCGGAAAAUUAAUAUCUGCGAUCGGCGUCAUGUUGAGUGCGGUAUUCUUCCGGCAAGUCGGUAUGAAUGAGACUGCACUUCUGGAAGGUCUCUUGCCUGCACUGGCUGGUGGCCGCGUUGCCAUGACGAUGGCGGUUUAUAGUUAUAUCUCUGAUAUCACAAGUGAAUCAGAAAGGACUUUUCGUAUAGGGAUAGUAACAGCCGUAUUGACACUGAGCAAGCCCGUCGGUCUUGCUCUAAGCGGGAUAAUGACAAGCAACUUCGGUUACAAGGCGGUUUUCGUGACCGCUUGCUUCAUUUACAUGUUCGGCUUCAUUUAUAUUCUGUUGAGAAUAAAAGAGAAAAAGAAGAAAACAGUUGACGGUACGAAGCUUGAGUGUGUAUCUUUGUUCUCAUUGUCAGACCUCGUAGCAACGGUAAAAGUGGGCUUUAAAGCGAGAGAGGGAACCCACCGCGUACAAGUCAUCUUAAUAUUAAUUUGUUACAUGCUCAUCGUUGGACCGCUAUUAGGUGAAGCGCAGCUGACAAUGUUGUUCACUCGAUACAAGCACAAAUUCACGGACAUCGACUACAGUUUGUUCCUCGCAUACUCCGUCUUUGUUGGGAUUAUCGGUUCCUUCAUAACAAUAUACUUGUUCAGCAAAAGAUGGAAGUUCGAGGACAGUAUGAUUGGAGUGAUCGCGUGCUUCAGCAGAAUCCUCGCGAGUAUUGUCUACGCGGUGGCCCCGAACAGGACCGUUUACUUCCUUGGACCGGUCCUGGACAUGUUCAGUUCAGCCGGUGCAACUUCCCUGAGGUCGCUCGCUUCUAAGCUUGUCGAUUCUGACGAAGUUGGUAAAACGAGCUCUCUAAUCAGCAUAUCAGAGGCGCUAGUUCCUGUGAUCUACUCUCCGUUGUACGGAUACGUGUAUAAAAAGACUAUGAGUACGUACUCUGGUGGUUUUUACCUGAUCAGCACCGCGCUAGCUCUGCCCGCAACUGUGAUACUAAUAAUUUUGUACGUCUUGCGCUCGAAGGAAGCGAGAGAGGCCAAAAGAAAACAGGAAACGAAGAAAGAAAGUGAGAUUACCCGUUUUUGAAUAUCGUUUAAUAUAUUUAUUAUGUUUAAGAUUAA